UCUUCUUUUCUCUCUCGAGUAAAUAUCAUACCUAUUCAAGUUCACUCUUUUUUUUUAAAAAGCAGCCAGUCACCAAAGUAAUUUCCUUUUAUAUAGCCUUUUAUCCCUUUUCUCUUCAUUAACCAUGGGUCUUCUCGAUAUUGUUCCGGCCGGCGUCAUCACCGGCGACAACGUCAAAAAGCUGUUCGACUAUUGCCAGGAGCACAAAUUCGCCAUCCCUGCCAUCAACUGCACAUCCUCCUCGACCGUCAACGCCGCACUGGAGGCCGCGCGCGACCAAAAGACGCCCCUGAUCAUCCAGUUCUCCAACGGCGGCGCAGCCUUCUACGCGGGCAAGGGUAUCUCCAACAAGGACCAGCACGCAUCCAUCCUGGGUGCCAUUGCCGGCGCCUACCAUGUGCGUGCCGUGGCCAAGCACUACGGCAUCCCCGUGGUUGUGCACUCCGACCAUUGCGCGCGCGAGCUCCUGCCCUGGCUCGACGGCAUGAUGGAGGCCAACGAGGCCUACUUCAAGACGCACAACGAGCCUCUGUUCUCGUCCCACAUGAUUGACCUUUCGGCUGAUCCCAAGGAGGAGAACAUUAGCAUUACAAAGAAGUACUUUGAGCGGUGCGCACCCAUGAAGCUGUGGCUCGAGAUGGAGAUUGGUAUCACUGGUGGCGAGGAGGAUGGUGUCAACAACGAGUCGGCCGACAAGGAUGCCCUGUACACGCCCUCGGAGGACGUCUACGAGGUGUACCAGGCCCUGUCGCCCAUCGCCCCCUACUUCUCCAUUGCCGCUGCUUUCGGCAACGUCCAUGGUGUCUACAAGCCCGGAAACGUCGUCCUCAGGCCUGAGCUGCUCGAGCAGCACCAGAAGUUUGUCAAGGACAAGAUCAACUCCAACAAGGAGCAUCCCUUGUACCUGGUCUUCCACGGCGGCUCCGGCUCGACCCCUGACGAGAUCAAGACUGCCGUCACCAACGGCGUUGUCAAGAUGAACGUCGACACUGACACUCAGUUCGCCUACCUGGCUGGUGUCCGUGACUUUGUCCUCGAGCACAAGGACAGGCUCAUGCAGCAGGUCGGUGACCUUAGCAAGGGCGACCACGACGAGACCCCCAACAAGAAGUACUACGACCCGCGUAACUGGAUCCGCCACGGCGAGCAGACCAUGUACAAGCGUGUCCAGCAGGCCAACUCUGACCUCGGCAACGUCAACGUUCUCUAAGCAAUUUGAUUUUUUCAGUGUAUCUUUUGUUUAUUUUUCACUUCAUCUAUAUAUUUUUCCUCCUUGUUCACUUUUUUUUAUCGUUACUAUUGUCUAUUUUGGUGGCUGAGGCC